AUGUGGAAGCCGCUGCAGCCGCCGCACCGCCGCACGCUUCGAUGUGGAAGCCGCUGCAGCCGCCGCACCGCCGCACGCAGCAGCGGCGCGGGUCUCGGUGGCAGCAGCAGCAGCAUGAGCAGCAGCAAUGGCGGCCGUCCACUCCCCCAAUAUGGAAAAGCGGCCAAAAACAAUGUUGGCGUGCAAGGCAGCAGCAGCAGCCUGAGCAGCCUGUCCAGCUCGAGCUCGAGCGCAAGCACAUCGACAACAGCAACAAGCGCAACGCCAGCCACCAGCAUGAGCCACAGCAGCAGCGCGACAAGCACGGCGAGCAGCGCAAACUCGAGCAGCAACGCCGACCGAAACAUGUCCAUGAGCAGCCCAACAACAGCCGUCUCGUUGUCUCAGCACCACCCCAGCAACAGCAGCAACAGCAGCAGCAUCAACAACAGCAUUGCGUACACCAACAACAGCACCAGCACCAGCAGCACCAGCAACAACCAAAGCGCAAUGGCGUUCCAGCAGCAGCAGGGCCUUGGUAACAUUAGCAUGAUGAUUAGAUCUGAUGCGAAUGUCAUCGGUCAGCAACAAAAUCCGCCUCCAAUUCCCCCCCACCUCGCCUCGUCGUCGUCUGCCUCGUCCUCCUCUGCUGCAUCCGCUGCGAAUGCUCCGUCCAACGCUGCUGCUGCUGCAGCUGCUGCGUCGUACACUGCGCCUGUAUCCGCGUUCGAGCUCGCAAUGCAGCUCGACCCAUUGCCGACAAAUCCAGACCUUUUCUCCCAGCAACCUUUUUCCGACUCUGCUUCUUCCGCCGCUCAUCAUCAGCAGCAGCAGCAGCAGCAAUACAGCUCCAUGCUACAGCAGCAACUGCAGCAUCUGCAGCAACAGCAACAACUACAUCAGCUGCAACUGCAGCUACUACAGGAAGAGCAGCAACAAGAGCAGCAACAACAACAACAGCAGCCGCAGCAACAGCAAAAGCGGACCGGUUUGGGCAGUCGCUGGGGGCGUUUAUCUUCGUCCGCCGCGACCCUCGGCGUCCCGUCUGCCGGCGCUGCGACUGCAAAUGCCAUGGAUACCGCUGCAGCGUUAUCGGGGUCGGACAACGCCGCGGGAUCAUCAAGGACUGCAGCAGCAGCAGCAGCAGCAGCAGGCGGGACCGACGCGGCGACUCUUUUGUCGGACGCGCACCAUGCUCAGGCACUCACCCUUGCGGACGGCGGCACCCGCGGCGGAAAUGCAGUCCAAGCCAGUGCCAAGGCGUUUGUCGACGGCGUUGCUGCUGCCCAGCAGAUGAUGCCGCUGGACCAGUUCCAGCGCUACUACCCAGCCGAGUUUGAGCACCUCCUGCAGCUGCGCCAGCAGUACGUUCUUGCCCAGCUCCAAAUGUCCCUGUCGCCCGGCGUCAACUCGAACUUUGCCGGCUGGCUCAACAGCCUGUCCAUCUCGGCCACCGACCCAAUAGCCGACCUGACGGACGAGCCGAAUUCAAACGGAGCCAUGCUGGCGGUGGCUCGAAUGCAAGCAAGCUCGCAGUGGCAACAACAGCCCUCCUCCUCCUCCUCCUCCUCGCAGCAAAAGCAACCAUUCCAGGUGGGCCGACUCGGCCAGGGCUUUGACGACACCGAUCUGAGUGUCACCGAGAUGCUCUCCUCGUUCGUCGAGGCCGGGGAGCAGCAAGCACUCUUCCGCGACCUCGAGACGCACAAUCCCACCAACAUCAGCAGCCGUGCGAAUCUGCAGCAGCAGGACCAGCUCAGCCAGCAGCUGCUACAGUUGCACCAGCAGCAGACCGACCGCCAUGCCUUGGCUCAAGCCCAAAUCCAAAUCCAGCUGCAGGCACACAUGCAGGCGCAGCAGGCUGCCCAGCAGCAAAAGUCGCAUUCUGCAUCCUACGCGUCAUCCGCGUCGUACGCGUCGUCGUCGCUGUCGCCGGGCCACGUGUCCAGCCAGUUCCAGCUGCCGGCCGUGCGCGCCAAGCGCUCCUCAUCCGUGGCCAUGCUCGAAAAUGUCGACCAAUCAUUCCAGCCGACGCCAGCGCCUGCCGUCCGGCGCCACUCGCUCGGCUCGCGCCGAAAGCUGUCAACGUCGUCCAUUACGGGUAUGAGCACCGGCGCCGACGGGCACGACGACGCCGACCGUGGCUACCUUGGCACGCACCCCAGCGACGAACGGUUGCACAACAUGGCCUCGGCCAGCGGCGACGACGACAGCGGCAACGAGGGCUACGGCUUCCCAGGCGGGUUGCACGAACACUCGAACGACGACGAGAACGGCGGCCAGCAACAGGUCGUUUCCCGCACGCCCGGCCGCAUGCGUCGUCGCCCUCACGCGACCACCAAGACCGCCCUGGCAAGCGCUCGCUUCCGGGAGCGCAAGAAGGAAGAGCUCCGCACGCUCGCCGAUACCAACAUUGAGCUCGAAGGCACCUGCGAGCUCUUGCGGCUUCGCAUCCAAGAACUCGAGCACGAGAACAUGAUGCAACGCCAGCAACUGGCCCAGUACGGUCUGGUGCCGUACGGGGCGUCCCAGCCGCCUGCCAUGCUCAUGCAGCCGCAAACCCACGCCCAGCUCGCCAACUCAAAGAUCCUGCAGUCCCCGACACGGGUGCGUGCUGGCAUCGAGUCUGUGCUCGGCGGGAAUGGCAAGUCUCCGCAGGCCUCCUCCUCCUCGACCUCCUCCACGCCGUCGACCAGCGCCUUUGCCAUCAUUGACGCCGUGUAG